AUGGCCAGUGAGCAAUUGCAAAAGAAAGUUGCGCUAGCGCCCCAUAAAAGGCGACCCCGGCAAGCCGGAAGCAAACAGUCGUCCAACGGAACCGUUACGAAAAUGAAGUCAUCUGCCGUGUAUGUGAGCAAUGUAGGCGUGCUUUUGCUGCUGCUGGUCAGCGGCCAAGCUCAGCCUGUCCAGGAGCGUGAGAGUCGGCAAAUGAAGAGCGGCGCUCCCACGGAAGCCGAUCUCAAAAUGAUGGCAGCUAACUCGGCCAAUGGCACACCCCCUGCUCCAAUGCAGCCUGGCAUGCCUGUACAGUUGGGAAUGCCUAUGGCGAUGGCAGGUCUGCAGAUGCCAAUCAAUCAGCUCGCUUUAAAUGCAGCCAGCAUGCAGCUGGCGCGCUAUCCCAGCUACCCAGGAAUUUUCUAUGGAUCUGGACUGGCACCUGGUGCCACAUCGCUGCCCAAUGUACAGCUACAGGGACCGCUGCCUGGUUUGCAGGGAAACUUAGCCGCCGCUUACCCGACCAACUUUGAUGCUGGAACUUUGCCUGGAAGUUUCUCAGGAGCUCCUGGAGCUUUCGGCUUUGGUUAUCCCGGCAAUACAGCUGGCUUCAUGUUUGGCAACGUGUACCCCAGUGCCCAGCUGCAGCCGAAUGGCUUCGCAUCGCAAACUCCCCAAACAGUGGACAACUACUCUGCUUUAAACAACAUUAUCAACAUGGCCAAUGCCCAGGGACUAGCCGGCGGCUCAGUGCCCACAGGAAUAUAUCAACAGCCAGGAUCUGUUGGCCAAAUGCCACAACAACUGACGCCAUAUCCUUUUGGAGUCGGUAUCCUGGACCGCAUGAGCAUGAAUGCAAAUGGCUAUGCUCCCAGCUUCUAA